GUCCGUACGAGGCCUAGCUAGUAAGCUAACAAAAUAUCGGAAAGCGUAAACAAACGCUUAAAAUUCGUUAAUCUUUAAUAAAUUAAUGCUUUUCGAUUGUAGUUCGUGUACUAAUACACAAGGUGAAUCUGGAGAGAAUCUCGCAGUCGUGUGUUGGAAGGUAUAAUGGCUUUAGUGUCAGCAGACACCAAAAUCGCUGAGUUGCUAAAUGAGUUGCAUCAGCUCAUAAAGCAAACCCAGGAAGAGCGAUCGAGAAGCGAACACAACCUUCUCAACAUCCAGAAAACACAUGAAAGGAUGCAGACAGAAAAUAAAACCUCUCCAUAUUAUCGGACUAAAUUGAGAGGUCUUUACACCACAGCUAAAGCAGAUGCUGAGGCAGAAUGCAGUAUACUUCGACGGGCGCUUGACAAAAUUGCUGAAAUUAAAUCUCUUUUGGAGGAGAGACGGAUUGCUGCGAGAAUGGCAGGAGUGUACAGCGACAAUGACCCACCCAGAAAGACCAUGCGCAGAGGAGUCCUGAUGACCCUUUUACAACAGUCAGCCAUGACACUUCCGCUAUGGAUCGGCAAACCUGGCGAAAGUCCUCCACCUCUGUGUGGCGCUAUACCUGCAAGCAGCGACUAUGUGGCUAAGCAGGGGGACAAAGUGGCGGCUCGAGUGAAGGCUGUGGAUGGUGACGAACAGUGGAUUCUUGCUGAAGUUGUCAGCUACAAUCACUCCACUAACAAGUAUGAGGUCGAUGAUAUUGAUGAAGAGGGUAAAGAGAGACACACGUUGAGUCGCAGAAGAAUAAUUCCUCUCCCACAGUGGAAAGCAAAUCCUGAGACGGACCCAGAGGCCCUGUUCAGUAAAGAUCAGCUGGUUCUGGCUCUCUAUCCACAGACCACCUGCUUUUACAGAGCUCUGAUCCACACACCACCACAUCGGCCUCAAGAUGACUACUCGGUUCUGUUUGAGGACACAUCUUAUGCUGAUGGGUAUUCUCCACCUCUUAACGUCGCCCAGAGAUAUGUAGUGGCCUGCAAGGAGAACAAGAAGAAGUGACCGAAAUGUACAAAAGCAGGACGUUGUGUUCAGAAACUGCCUGCAUGAUUGGUGUGAUUGAAUUGAGAGUUUGUUCUGUUUUAAUGUGCAUUCGUCUCCUUUUUUUGUUUUGUUAACAUGUACAUAUUACUGGGCCGUAUAUUUUGUACUGCAUCUUUUUCACGCUGUUUUUGUGGAUCUAAAUGCAAAUGAGUUGUGCUAAAGUAAAUAAAUCCUGUUCGUUUGAAUGAAAAAA